UCCCUUCCACCUCCAAUCCCUUCCCUACCCUCUCUCUACGCCCAUCGGUCAGCUCCAGCACCAAGAGACAGCCCACCACCACCCGUAGACUCAGCCCCUCUCCUCGGGCCACUUCUGCCGUGGUCUCUGAGACAACGAGCCCCAUCAGGCUCACCUAUCUCGAGGUGAAUAGCUGGCUCUGGGUUGUGGGUGGGGUGAGCAUCUUAGUGGACCCCCUCCUCGUGGGUAACCUGGAUUUCGGGCUGCCAUGGCUCUUCGACGGGGCGAAGAAGGUGCUGAAGAAGUUUCAGGUGGAGGAUCUUCCAGAGAUCGACUGCUUGGUAAUUACGCAGAGCCUUGAUGACCACUGCCAUGUGAGGACUCUGACUCGGCUAUCCAAGAAGCUCCCCGAUCUGCCGGUGAUUGCCACUCCAAAUGCGGAGGGCAUCUUGAGACCACUCUUCAACAAUGUUACAUAUUUAGAACCUGGCCAGAGCUCUGAUGUGGAUGGAAAACAUGGUGCCAGAGUGAAUGUCUGUGCUACUGCAGGCCCUAUAUUAGGGCCUCCUUGGCAGCGUCCAGAAAAUGGGUACAUAGUCAAAUGUGGACAAAGUCAUUUAUCUUUAUACUAUGAACCACACUGCGUAUACAACCAUGCCUUUCUACAAAAAUACAAGGCAGAUGUAAUCAUCACUCCAGUUAUAAAACAACUGCUUCCUUUCUUCACUUUGGUAUCUGGACAAGAAGAUGCAGUUCAGCUAGCAAAGUUGCUACGACCCAAGUACAUUGUUCCUAUGAAAAAUGGAGAUAUAGACAGCAAAGGAAUUCUCUCAAGUAUUCUUCAUAGUGAGGGUACAAUAGAAUCAUUCAAGGAACUGUUGUCAAGAGAGCUGCCUGAUGCACGUGUUUUGGAGCCUACACCUGGUGUACCACUUGAAAUUUCCAUGUCUUCCACUGUCUCAUAGUGUAGCUUGUAAAGCUGUAGAGUACAUCCUCCCCUUGAAAUGGGGUAAAAAAAGAGAGAGAGAGAGAGAGAGAGAGAGAGAGAAACCGUGAUCAUAACAGAAGCUUUAUGAUAAGGUUGGAAGGACUUCUCUUCCUUUUUUUUUCACUUCUCUGUUUAUUUGCUCUUGAUUCAGUGAACUUCCUACAGGAGCUCACUGGCUGAAGUUACUCAUAAGAUAAACUGCGCCAUGUGACUUCAUAAUGUGUGGGCGUGUGCCCGUGUUUUGUGAGUUUUCUCUCUUUUUUUUUUGGCUGGGAGGGAAGGAGGGGGAGGUUGAGGUGGUACUUUGUUUUGCCAGGAAGCACUUCCUUGUUUGAGUAGGUGUAAUUUGAUUGGGCCCCAAGUGUGGCAGUUCAGUUGAUUUAAGCAUGGUGUGGCCGAUUGCAGCUCUACCAAUGCUUAAGAGACGUACAAGACUUGCAGCCGUUCUGGGAGCAGUUCGGUGGUGAUGGAAGCAACUCCUCCCACAAUCCGGCGUGAAUAUGUCUGGAGUCUGACCAUGGCUAUGUUCGAAGAUGGUUUAGAGUUAUUAGGGUUCUAAACUUCACCCAUUCGGCAGGUCAUUAACAUGAUUUGGUUGCGGCAGAAGAAAGGAGUUGUCCAGGGUUUGCCUGGUCGGUCAACUGAUGGCUUCAACUUAUUCCCGACUCUGAACAUCAGCAUAUGCGAUCAUGUGAAGUCUACAGAGUCUUGUGGUAAAAGACCAUCAAAUUGUAUUAUGCUGGCACAACAACUCAUGGUGCAAGCUUGGCAUGCUGCUGCUGGUUUUUCCUCUUCCAAAAUGAGAAAGAAGAAAACCAAGAAACGGAGAAGAACAAAUUCAUGGUACACGAGUCCUUUCUUGCAGAAAGAUUCAUUUA